CAGUUUAAUUUUCAUUAUAAUAUCGAUUUGAGGAAGUCUCGUUUUCAGUUUCAUUUUUUGGGCCGCUUUAAGAGCGCUGCUCUUGUGGGCCGUAAAUGUGUGAUAAGAGCUCUUUAAUUGCUGUAUGAUGAUGCAGCAACAAUUACGAGUUUCGAAUCGAUACCGUGACCCAAUCCGUGGCACAGUUCUGAUCGUUUUACACCGUUGUGCCCCGUCAUCUUGCAUUCGGUGUAACACUUGACAUUGACUCCGCUCCUCCGUCUCUUACAUCUCUGACAUUGAAACCACAGCCACACAAUGCGGAUGGCCCCCAAAAAUGUUUCUGAAAAUAAAACUAAAAUAAAUACCCAACAAACAGACAAAAAAAAGUGUAAAUCUGAGAGUAUUUGUAGAAUGGCGGAAGGUGGACAUGUCUAAAGGUAAAUCUUUAAAGAAAAUAUUGACAGAUUCUUCGCGCAAUCAAAUAGUGCGGAGCAAAUGGGCAAACAAUCGGAUUGGAUCGCAUCGCAUCGCCUAUCCGAUCUCCAACGAUCAAUGACCAUUGCCAUGACCUAAGCCUCCCCGCAUCGAACGAACCAUCGAACCAUCAAACCAUCGAACGAACCAUCGAACGAACCAUGAAACCAUCCAACAUUCGAGCCAUCAAACGGGUUUGAAGAAGCUUAGGCCAAGACGCCCAAAAAUAAUGAGUGUUAAUGUGGGUUCGCUUCGAACUCGAUUUGUUGCUAAUUUUUUGUAUAAAUAGUUAAGCGAUUUCAACAGCAGACAGCAAUACGAGCAGAGCAACCCAACGCCCAACAGAUUGAGCAGGUCAGAACCAGAUACAAGACAGAAAAAGAUACAAUCAAAAUGCAAGGAGUACGAUUCGGUAUUGUUUGUGCGCUGCUGCUGGCUGUGGGCGUCUCCUGUCGAUCGGUGGUGCGUCGCGACGUCUCCCAUCUGCCGCUGGAGUAUCUGCCGCCCGUGGUGCUACCUCCAGUGCCCAGUCGGGACUACCUGCCGCCUGUGGAGGAGCAUGCUGCGACCCUGAACCAUGUCCUGCAGCCACCACGUGACUAUCUGCCGCCCGUGAACAAUGAGUAUCUUCCCCCUGUGGAGGAGGAGGAGGAGCUCCAAGAAGCGCCCGUAGUCACAACGGAGGAGGAGAUUGCUGUGGAGACCACAGCUGCACCCACCACAGAGGCGGUGACUGAAGCCCAAACCGAACCCGAAGCAGAGAUCGUCACGGAACCCGUGGAGGUGAAGGCCCUGGAACAUAUCGAAGAGUCGGCCGUUCUCCUGGACGAUGGCUAUCACUAUCGCACACCCCAGGUGGUGCCCAACCUUCUGCCCGUAAAGGAGUACCUGCCCCCCCUCGAUGAUAAUGCAGUCGUCGAAGAGAUUCCCGAACACGAAGAGGACUCCUCCGCCCUGCUGGACGAUGGCUAUCACUAUCGUUCGGUUAAGCGUCUGCGCUUCUAGUCUUCCGUUCCGUUCCCCUCUAAUCGUAUCUCGGAUAUUUUUUUUUUCCCAGUUUCCACCACGAAUUUCUG